AUGAGAGUCUGGGGGGCUGGGGAAGGUUCCAGAGGCUGAGACCGAAGCUAUAAAGGUGUGUGGAGGGGUGUGUCGCCUCCAAACAUGCAGUCCAAGCGGGAAUGCGAGUUAUGGUGUGAGCGGGUGAACCCAGUGAACAAGGCUGCGCUGGAGGCUUGGGUGAGGGAAACGGGCAUCCGGCUGGUGCAAGUAAACGGGCAGAGGAAAUACGGCGGUCCGCCCCCAGGCUGGGUGGGCAGCCCUCCACCAGCAGGUUCAGAGGUGUUCAUCGGUCGCCUGCCCCAGGAUGUAUAUGAGCACCAGCUGAUUCCACUGUUUCAGCGAGUGGGGCGCCUCUACGAGUUUCGCCUCAUGAUGACUUUUAGUGGCCUGAACCGAGGCUUUGCCUACGCCCGCUACAGCUCCCGGCGCGGAGCCCAGGCGGCCAUCGCCACGCUUCACAAUCACCCUCUUCGACCUGCCUGCCCACUGCUGGUCUGCCGGAGCACCGAGAAAUGCGAGCUGACCCUGGACGGUCUGCCCCCAGCCCUGAGCCACCAGGCCCUGCUUCAGGCCUUGCAGCCUUUGGGCUCCGGUCUGCAGGAAGCCCUGCUGCUUCCCAGCCUUAUGCACCCCCACACACAGAUUGCGCUGCUCAAGUUUAGCUCCCACCGGGCUGCAGCUAUGGCCAAGAAAGCUCUGGUAGAAGGGCGCUCAAAGCUCUGUGGAGACCAGGUGACAGUAGAAUGGUUGAAGCCUGACCUGAAGCAACGACUCAGACAGCAAACUGAAGGUCCUUUAUUUCGGGGCUUGGGGCCUGAGACAAGCCACAGGAUCCUACCUGAGAAAUUAGGGACCCCACUGCCAACUAGCUGUGCCCAGACCACCCUUGAGACACUGUGCCAUCAGAAGCACUUGGGCAUGCCUGUAUUUCUCACCAAGUGCUUGGGAGUGGGGCCUGCAGGCUGGCACCGAUUUUGGUACCAGGUGGUAAUUCCUGGUCACCCAGUGCCUUUCAGUGGCCUUAUCUGGGUAGUUGUGACAAAGGAAGGGCCAAGUGGACAUGAAGUGGCCAAGAAUGCUGUGUCCCUGCGCCUCUUAGAAGCAUUAGGUGAACCAAGGGGAAAUGAGAGCCCAGGGUGGGGGUGGUUUUCCUGCUAAAAAAAGCCAUUGUUUACUUUCUGUUGUAUGUUUAUACCCUGUGGGGAGAUAGGGUAAAGAGCCCCUUAGUCUUUCAAGAAGGGCAGGGCCCUGAAGCUGGACAAGUGGGAACACUCUAGCCCUAACUGAUCUAGAGGAACAACUUCCUCUUGUUUUCCUAUUGCCUUCCCUCUCUGCCAGUUACAUCUCCACCCACCUAAUCCUUAUCUGGUUUUGUCCCUCAAGCCGUUUUCUAAAUGGCUAGUUAGACCUAAAGGUGAUUCUUUGGUUCCUCUGCUCAUUGUUGGUCCUUUCCCCCUUGGUAUUCUAUGCUCCUGUGUGCUGAGUUUCAAGUCUGUUUUUCUUCUAUUUAAUUAAAAACCUGAGGUUGGUA